GUUCCCUUCAGUUUGGGGAGUGUGAAGACCUAUUUUUCGCGGGCAACUCCAACGCGCCGCAGAGCCAAGGCCGCCUCUCGUGCUCUUCUCCUCCCUGUCUUCCUGUGGAGCUCCUGCUUUCUGUAACAUUUUUCGUCUCUGCUCUUUUCUCCUUACACUUUCUACUCUCCUCUUCCUCCUCAUUCUUCUCUCGCUCUUCGUCUGACUGUCUCCUUUGUGUGCUCCUCCGUUCCCUCGAGCAAAUUUGUCUGCUUCAAUUCCCUCCUCCCUGCUUCUCUGCUUCGACCUCGUCUUGCUUCGCAUCGUCACGUUCUCCGUGCGUUUCGUUUGCUUUUCACCUGCUUUUCUGGCGUUCUUCUUUUCCUUCUUCCGCCAUGGCAGCUCUUCCCUCUUCUCCCGCGCCUGCACCUGAGGAGACAGUUGCGAACUCUCUUCUUUCUCAUCGCGUUUUCGACAGACAAAUUCGCCUCUGGGGGGUUGAAUCUCAGCGCAGACUCCUCUCCUCGCAUGUAUUGCUCGUCGGCCUGACCAGCAUCCAUGUUGAAUUGGCGAAAAACCUCGCUCUCUCAGGUGUGCGUGUCUCCGUCUGCGACAGCCGUUUGGUGGGCGAAGUCGAUUUCAGCUUCAAUUUCCUCGUCAACCGCGACGCGGAGGGACAACGUGUCGCGACAGUCAGCUUGGCCGGCCUUCGCGAGAUGGCUCCGUUCGUCGUCUUCGAGGAAGUUGCCGAGUCGGAGUUCCAGCGUCUCCUCGCUAGUCUUCGAGAACAAGACACCGGCGCGAAAACGCAGCAGUCCACAGGCGACCAGGACGCUGGUCACGCCGUCCAGUUCGUUCAACGCUUCGCAGCGAUAUCUGUCGCCUCUGAGUUUUACCCUCUCUCUUCUCUCGCGCCGCUGGACGCCCUGUGUCGACGCCUGAACGUCGCGUUGUGCAGUUGUCACUGCAGCGGAACACUUGGGUUCGGAUUCCUCGACUUCCACCACCACACUUUUCGAGUGCCUGCACCAAAGGCGCAGACAAGUCAGGCUGCAGGUGGAAAAGCGACGGCAACCAACGGAGAAGAAGAAUCGCGGCCGCAUCACGUGAUGAGAGAAAUUUCCUUCCCUUCUCUCGAUGAUAUGCUUCACUGUAGCCUCGGAAACGCCGACCGCAAGGUGGAUCCUGCAAUUUUUAUCUACCUCACCCUGGAGAAGUGGCUUGCAGACAAAGACGCGAAAGGAGAGAACGAACAGGAAAACGGAACUCUCUCCAGGCUGCUCCCUUUGCCUCGAUACGAUAUUCACCCCGAGGACGAAGAAUUCGCUGAGUUCGCGCAGCAGCUCCUUCGCCACGAAGGCGGACCUGCAGCUGCCGCCUGUGAGCAGUCGCCGACCCUCCUCAAGACCCUGCCAAUGAUGUGGGGUUGUCAGUACACCGUUACCGCGGCGGUUGUUGGUGGUAUUCUAGCGCAAGAAUUGCGAAAGUACAUCACGAAGGAGCAAGAACCAAUACCGAACUGUUUGGUGUUCAACUCCGAGACGUCCACUGCAGCAGUGGCCAGUCUGCCCCCACCAGGUGUUUCCGUGUCUGCUCUGAAAACGGCAGUCUAACUUCUUUUCUGAAACGCAACUGAUUCGGUGUUUACCUUACAUUGUUUCACUUGUCGGGCGAAACUGUUGAGGAAACGACAGUACGAACCACG